AUGGAUGCAGAAAAUGAUAAAACUGAUAUAGAAGACAGUCAAAGUAUCACAGAUGUCAAUGAAAAUCUAGAGAAUUCGGAUAAAAAAGAAGAGACAAACGAAGCAAGUGAAAAASAAGAAGAUGGGAAUAGGACAAAAAGUGAAAAUGAACGAAGAUUUGAAGACAUGGCGAUGGUUGAAUUAAGCAAACCAUGGCCACCACUCCUGACAGAAAUGCAAGGAAAACCUCGCUCAUUCAGCGAUACAUCUCAAAUGCGUGCCGUCUCUAAAGCAGUCGACGAAGAUGUUCGCUCGUGUACAAGCUAUAUGCAUUUUCCACACAUUUCUGGACAGUUGAAAAGAAUCCGUGAGUUACAGGGCUCUUCCUCAACUCCACAUCUACACCACUCUUUCAGUAGGAUGCACCUACCGCAUAUUAGUGACCCAUGGGAUCCUGGCGAGGAUUUUCCUACAGURUCCGUUAUUGCAUUAGCGGAAGAGCGAGAAAGAGCUAGCGUCGAUGAUUCUAUCGAGGAUAAAGAAGGUGAUUCCAAGGACGAUUUUGCAAUAAGCGACGAAGAAAACGAAGAAUCCAGUAAUGAAGCGCGGUUAAAUGAGCAUGCUAUUUACACUUGGAAUAGAGAAGUGGGAAGAACGAGAUCUUUAUCAGAGCCAGCCGAUCUGCUUGCACAGAAGGGAAACAUUGCGCARAGGCCUAGGGCGAUGAGUAUGGAGAGCGCAGACAAAGCCAAGAAACCUCCAUCACGAUUACAGUUUCAGGCCACUCUCUCUGGUCUUGAAGAAGAACAUUCGGCUGAAAUAGAGACAGAGUCAGAUGGAGAACACAGCCAAUCGAUACUAGUAUUGGCAGAAAGCAGUGAGAUGAUUCCUGAGUYAGAACCAUCAGAUCAUAAAACCAUAGAUAGUGAUUCCAGCGAUGAAAUUCUAACUCGAUGGACAAGGCAUGAUAGUAGACGAAGAUCAGGAAGUUUUAGCACGGAYCUAGCUACCAUCGACGAGAAUAAGGAUGAAAUUAACUCUCUUUURCCAAUGCUAAGUGGCUCAAGUGGUACACCCUCUGUCCAGGCUUUAGUAGAUGAGGUCACCAAAGAUGUAAUUGACAGGUCUUCUGAUGGAAGGAUUGUUAGCACUGWUGACCCCAGUGAAAACGAGAGUGAAGACUCUACCGCUUACGUUGAUCCUUCAAAAAUAAUUAAGCGUAGACUUACGCUGCCUCUUGCGUCUCCUUUGCGUAAAACGCAAACUGACUAUGCAACAAAGAUGGAAAGAGAAGCAUUUGAUAAGAUAAGCCAAUGGAAAACCAAGUUCGCAUCGAAGCUUGAAGAUAUUCUACGCAAAGGAGUCGAAGAAAAGGAAGAGCAAAACAAGCAAGUGAAGACAGUUKUUUUGGACGUUCCGAUGAAUUUAUCAUCAGAACAACUUCAAGAUUUGAAAAAGAAUAUGAUCGAUGAGUUGAAAGAGAAGUCCAAUCAAGGUGACGUGAAGGAAAUCMUACUAACACCGCAAGAAUCGCGACGCUUUCAACCAAAAAUCAGAAAAGAACCUUCAAACGUUGCAGAUGAAUUCAAGCAAGUCUCUUCGUCUGAUAYYCACAAAGAGAAAAAACUUGAUCCUUCAGAACUUUUGGAACGUCUUCACCAUCUCCAACAGCAAACACGACGUAGAGAACCRCCAUCUACUGUUGCUCGAGGAUUUGAUGGAAUUGCUGAUGCCAAGGAAAAAAUAGCCGAGUUAAUGCAUUGGCACGAUCAAGAACGARAUAAAUUACAWCAGGAAAUGGAGACAAUGCUUGCUGCCGAAAAGCCUCCCAGCUYGUCUUGCUCYUCUCUGCCUCAAAUGUCAAUUGAUAAAGAAAGCUUGGAAAAGGUUUUCCUAUCUCUUCAAACCGUUACUGAUACCAUAUUCAGAGAAACUAUUUCACGCUUAAAAGGGACUAUUGACAACGGAAUUCUCUCAGUUGGAGAACUCAAACACUCGAGUGAAAGACCUUUGACAAAAGUUGACCAACAAUUUGCCGACGAUAAGCCUGUAAKGGAUGCUAUYUGCCAAACAUCUCCAACGCAAAGCCAAAUUCCUGUACCAGUUAAAAGGAAUAAGUCUCCAAAGGCAAAAGGCUCUUUCAAAGGAGUUAAAUCGCCUGAAGGAAAGGACAUUACUUCCAAACGUCACGUGCCAGAUCACGUGCACACMACGAGCAUCGGUGAACAUUUCUGCCACAAGGAAACUUGCGUUGGUGUUGAGGGGGAUACAGAAAGUUCUACGUACACAGAAGAAAGUUCAGCUCAUUCCUGUGAAUGUGACUUUGCAAGCGAGGGAAAUUCUCCUUCAGAGAAAGARGUAUCAACUGGUGACAGCUAUGGAGAUAAAUAUGGAAACAUACUUUCUCAGACAACUUGCUCAACGACUACAGAUGAAAUUGAAAGUUCUAGCAGUACAAUGAAGUCUUUAGAGUCAGAUGCCAUUGAAAGCAAAAAGAGGAGAAAGAAAAUAGGUCACUUUCCGUUUGAUAGCUCYGACGAAGAAGCUGAUGAAAGUGACGCAUGUAGUGAAAUAGCAGACCUUCUCGGUGUCUAUCAAGUUUACAACUUGAACAAUGAUAGAGACAAUGGCGAGCUUACACGACCACAAGCCCCUGAACCCAUGACCUACGAAGAAAGAGAUGCUCUGGAAAAAGUUAAGAGGCAAAAAAUGCAGUUAAAAAGCUACAAAAGAAAAAUCCGCGAAUUCAAAAGCAAGAACAAACGUCUUAAAGAACAAGUGAGGCUGUUAGAAGUACAGCAACGGGAAUGGCGCGAGGACUUCUUGAUAAAAGAUAAUCGGAUCUCAGAUUUGAAAAGAGAGGUCGACCACCUAUCGUUCGUGAUGCAGAARUACAAGAAAGCCCURGAAGACAAGUCCACUAUCGUCAAGCACAAGGAGAGACAAAUUGUCAAACUUUUGCAGUCAGGACACGACGAUUUAGGUGAUAGGUCACAGGAAUCUCGUUUACGUCAAAUGGAAAGACAGUUGAAGGAAGCUCUAGAUGACAACGUUCGAUUGCAGCUGAAACUCGACAACAAAGGAGAUGGUGGAGAAYCUSUUUUCCUGUACGAGAACACUUCGUCUUCGGAGUUCCAAGAAAAAUUGGAAAGCGCCUACCGACGAACUUCAGAACUAGAGCAAGAAUUGAAAGAAAGCAAAAAGAAGUUGUCCAAGUACAUCGCUGAAAAAGAAUCUAUUUUUGGUGAAACUAAGGCAAGUGAAAUCGUAGAUGAGUUGAGAGAAACAAUAAAUCAGAAGGACAAAAAGAUCAAAGAGCUUAAAGAUCAGCACAGCGUAGAAGUACAAGAACUUACUGAAGAGAUCAGCGAGGCGAUGACCGAACGGGAUCGUCUAGUACAGGAGCUAUCAGAAUUACGCCCAUUAAAGGAAUCAGAGGAUCUUGAGAAAAACAACUUGGCUUUAAAGGCAGAAAUAAACCAACUCAAAAAUGCUCUAGCCGAUGMUGAAGCUAAGUACAAGGAAAAGUCAGAGGGAAAUGGCAUGCCAGUCUUCUUGRAGCAAACAAGGCACGCCGCAAACACUCAUGGAGGAGAAGGAGAAAUAGAAUUGCUGAAAAGCGCACUUGAGGGAUACAAACUCAUGAUUCAGCGACUUUUGAGUUGUAAAGGUGCAGGCUGUCAAAAUGAAGUUCCUGAAUACCAGGAGAAAUUAGAAACGAUGGCUCGGCUAGCUCAUGAACGAUGUGAGCGACUCGAGUCAGAACUAAAAGACAUUGCUGCUGCCAAAGACAAUGAGACAUUAAAGCUUCAAGAAACAGAGAUUCGGCUGAAAAAAGUAGAUCAACAGCUACGAGAUAUGAACAGUUUGGUUUAUACGCCACAAUCGGGAUCAUUGGAAGAACUAAAGAACAAACUAAGAGUGCUUGAAGAAGAGAAUUUUCAAUUGAAGAAGCGUAUCACCCCUGAAARWGAAAKAGAAAAGGGURCAACAAUUCUAAUCGAAAUCACAGAAUUGCAGGCGAAACUUGCUCAACGUGAUCUCGAAAUCAAAGAUUUGCAACGUAAGCUAGAUGAUGCUGAAACAAGACUGCGACAAGCUCGCAAARCAACUGCAUCAGACKCUGGAUAUUCUGGUUUUUCYAACUAUUCUCUUACAGACAAGAAGUACGAUUCACUGGCGCAAAGGUACAAAAGGCAAUGGGAUGAAGAAGCAGAACUUCACCAACAAGAACUCGAUGAAAUAAGGGGCGUUAAUAGGAACCAAGCGUUGCCAUCAAGUGGAGAGAAAGAARUGUAUAAACUCAGACAAGACUUGAAAACAAUCAAACAAGCUCUGGAUGAUAUUGUCAAAGGUCAAGGGCAAAAAAAUACUGAUCUUCAUAACGAGCUGACAAAUGUUCUUGAUGAAAAGGAAAAAGAAAUGGGAAGACAGGAGUCAAUUUAUAAACAGAUGAUGGAAACGAGAGAGAAACUGUUCAGUGAACUUUUAAAUGAAAAGAACCAAAUCAUCCAAAUGCUAAAAGAUCAAAGUYCCAAAACAGUGAAUCCAGAAAUGCAAACUGACACCAUCACGAAAAAGAUCAAGKCUGUGAUGGARAAAGAAUGGACACCAAAACUCGAUGAACUUAAGAUCCACAUCGAAAGUGCAAUUGCUAAAUCUGUUGAAGCCUUGCCCGGCGAUGUGGUAGCRGAUKCUAUUAAGUCAAACGGAUCAACAAUGACACGAAUUGAGAAGACCACCGAAGAAACAUGGAGAAAAGUAAAAGAGGAACUAGCUGAACUGAAGGACUUCACCUUUGAAAUGGCCGAUGCAAUCGAGAAGGAUAUAUACUCCUCCCACGAGCAGUUCCUGGAUUUUGUCAAAUGCACCUCUGAUGACAUCAUCCGUUGUGUAASUGAUGAAGGUCACRUGACUAGAAAAUCAGUUUUGGACCAAUUACAGGCCGCGCGACAGUCACGUGACGCGACGAAAUUCGAAGAGUUCUAUAAUUCUUUGGAUACAUUUGGAAAGCGCAAUUCCAGAGAGUUACGACAAGCAAGAAGAGAUGUUCUUUUAGCUGCCGAAGCAGUGACAAAUACAGCAGAUGAACUUCACCAUCUUAAAACUACUCUAGAAGCAAAAUUCUCGGUGAAUGAUGUUAUAAACAAGGACGAACUUGCAAGAAGGAUACAAUUAAUCAAUGCACAAGAAGAAGUCAAGGAACUUAGAAAAACUGUUUCAGAYGCUCAACUUGCUGCAGAAACCCUCCAAAAGAUGGAACAAGAAUACACUGAGAAGGCAAAAAACAUCGAGUCAAAUCUAAUCAUGAGAGAAAUAAAACUUGUCGACUUAGCAAAUAGCGAACAAGGAGGAAGUGAAAGGGGCGUGUCCAUCCCCGAUGGCUUGAGAAGAAAUCCAUUAUUUUCUAGUCAAGAUGACGAGAGACUAAGAGAAGUUCUUCACAGUUCUGCCUCCUUGGGAGAAGUGCAAGGUCCAAGUAGAAUUGAAGACGAACACCGACGAAGUCAUAACCCCCUUAUAAGUCAAACUCCACCAUCAAGAGACUAUGURACUCUGAGAGAGCGAUUACAGAGGAAAGCAAAAGAAAAGCUKAGUUCUGAAGGGAUGUUCCAGGAACCUUAUAUUUCAAUCUCCACUGGAUCCACGAUGGCCUGGUCACGUGACACUACUUCGUCAAGCUGACCUUAGAUGUCUGAGGAAAUGUAUUUCAUUUGGAUGCACAUCUUUUCUUUUCUUSUACUUACUACUUUGUAAAGAGAACUUGUCAA